UGCUGCAAGGUGUGAAAAUAGAACCAGUGGAGUAUCGAGUAGUGCUCAGGUCUUUAUACUUGAAUGACCGCACAUGAAACCUGCGAUGAAAUGAAAGUAACGUACUGGGAGGAUACCCCAUCACAUGACGUUGUUAAACAUUAGCAUCGCCAGUUCAGGUAUGGUCGGAGAUCUGUGGAAACGGCUCCUAUCCCAGGACGACCCCAGUCUGCUGUUGAUGAGGAAACCAUCCAUCAUGUGGAGACUGUUUAGUGUUGGGUCUAUGGAAAAGAUUAUUUAUGACCAUCGGCAUAUGUAAAAGUUGUUUGCCCGAUGGGUUCACCCCUUAUCAGAAGCAAGAACGAGUCCAUUGUUCCAAGCCUUUUUUAGCCAUGUGUCAAGAGAACCUUUUUGACGGACUAAUUACGCAGGAUGAAACUAUGAUCUAGAAACAAGGUCAUGCUCACAGUCAUGAGACCAGCAUGGAGUAGUGAUGAUGGAUUACAAGAGCUCACUACGCUCCACUGCUACAGAUACUGCAGGAGGCUAUCAAAACCAAGAGCCGAGGAAUAUUGCCCAAGGGUAUCCGCCUCCCACAAGAGAGCUGCCACAUCUUUCCUCAUCCUUCUUAUUCUCCUGGAGCGAAAGUUCUCAGACAGUUUUGAGACGAUUCUGAGACUAAAAUUUGAGACUGUCUCAGGCCGGAAACAAACAGGAUCAAUGAAAGUGAAAGGCCCUUUGCUGAAGCGUCGGGGCCGUGACAUCGCCUUCCGCUAACUAUUGUGAUUA